UCCAAAGAAAUAUACAAAUAUUUAUUGGCGAAGAAAAGCUGUUUUUUCAAAGGAAUUAAUUAUUCAUCGGGAGAGAAGAUAACACGAAGACAUCGAUGUCAUCACUGUCUUUGCGAUAAUGGCAGAGCUGUCCUCCACCUCCUGAAGGCUGUUCAGUCAUCCCAUACGAAGGAGUAUGCAAUCCAUCCAUUUAUAACUGCCUAUUAUAUCUUAAAAUCCAAAGCAAUUCCCGAACGAAACGCAACACUAUAUGUAAAGUCGAGGCGAAGACAAAAGUCUGGAGUGCCGGUGCGCCAAGAAUUCAAUGUAUUGUUCGCCACUUUGUUGUACUUUCCAGAGGACGACAAUUGAAGAAAACUUUGACAUUAAGUUAAAAAUAUUUAGUGUAAAAAUUAGAUGCAAAAAUGUACACCAAAUAU